AUGGAAAAAAGAAAUCUAACAGUAGUCAGAGAAUUUGUGCUUCUGGGACUACCCUGCUCAGCAGAGCAGCAGCACCCACUGUCUGUGCUCUUUCUCUGCAUGUACUUAGUCACCCUGCUGGGGAACAUGCUCAUCAUCUUGGCCAUUGCCUUUGACUCUAGCCUCCAUUCCCCCAUGUAUUUCUUCCUGAGUAACUUGGCCUUUGUGGACAUUUGCUUUACUUCCACGAUAGUCCCCCAAAUGGUGGUGAAUAUCUUGACUGACCUUAAGACUAUUUCUUUUGCAGGCUGCCUCACGCAGCUCUUCUUCUUCAUUUCUUUUGUGAAUAUGGACAGUCUCCUUCUCUGUGUGAUGGCAUAUGAUAGGUACGUGGCGAUUUGCCACCCUUUACAUUAUACCGCCGUAAUGAAUCCUCGCCUUUGUGUCCAGCUGGUGGCUGGGCUCUGGGUCCUCACCUACCUCCAUGCCCUCCUGCAUACCUUCCUAAUAACACAUCUGUCCUUCUGUGGAUCCAAUGUUAUCCAUCAUUUCUUCUGUGAUCUCAACCCUAUCCUGCAGCUCUCUUGCUCUGAUGUCUCCUUCAAUGUGUUGGUCAUUUUUACCGUAGGAGGUCUAGUGGCUCUCACACCCUUGAUAUGCAUCCUUAUAUCUUAUGGACUUAUCUUCUCUGCCAUUCUUAAGAUCACCUCUACUGAGGGCAAACAGAGAGCCUUCUCCACCUGUGGCUGCCACCUGUCAGUGGUGGUAUUGUUUUAUGGCACAGCCAUUGCUGUCUACUUCAGGCCCUCCUCCUCCCAUACUCCUGAGAGUGACACGCUGUCAGCUGUCAUGUAUUCAGUGGUGACUCCCAUGCUGAAUCCUUUCAUCUACAGUCUGAGAAACAAGGCUAUGAAGAGAGCACUUCAGAAAGUGCUUUGCAAGGGCACAGUCUUUCAGCAGCAAUUGUGA